UGCUAUGGGAAACCUGGUCUGGCUGUGUGUCAGGUGUAGCUGUGAAGGGGCCUCGGUUGCGGGCGGUGUGUGUGACUGCCAGAGCGGCUCCUGGAUGGUUGCACAGAGAAGUUUCCUUAUCACACAGACAGAUGUGUGUAGUGGAAGCAGGUGUCAGAUAUUCAUAUCAGCAAAUUUCGGGAUCCCAAACGAGUUCCUGACUUUGAAAAAUUCUGUUCUGAAACAAUUGAUGUAAUUCAGCCAGCACUUGUUCUAGCAACAGGUGAUCUGACAGAUGCUAAGACAAGAGAUAAACUGGGAUCUGAGCAGGUAGAAGAUGAGUGGAAAACUUAUCAGUCAAUCCUGAAGAGAUCGAGGGUCAUGGAAAAAACCAAAUGGAUAGACAUCAAAGGGAAUCAUGAUUCAUUCAACAUUCCACGCCUGGAUAGUGUUCAGAAUUAUUACAGGAAAUACUCUGCCUGGCGUAAAGAUGGCUCUUUCCAUUAUAUCCACACUACCUCUUUUGGGAACUAUUCAUUCAUCUGCGUGGAUGCCACACUCAGCCCAGGCCCUAAGAGACCCUAUAAUUUUUUUGGGAUUUUAAACACGAAUCAAAUGGCAGAGCUGUCUUUGAUGGCAACAGAAAGUCUACACAGCAACCAUACUAUCUGGUUUGGCCACUACCCCACUUCAACUAUCAUCUCCCCAUCCCCUGGAAUACGAACACUAAUGAGUUCUGCCACAGCCUAUUUAUGUGGACAUCUCCAUACAAUGGGCGGGCUGAUGCCAGCCUUGCACAGUCAACACCGUGGUGGCACUUUGGAACUUGAAUUGGGAGACUGGAUGGAUAAUAGGAGAUACAGGAUCCUCGCGUUUGAUCAUGACCUACUCAGCUUCGCUGAUGUGAACUUUGAAGAGUGGCCUGUAGUUCUCAUCACCAAUCCUAAAUCCUUCCUUUACAGCAGUUCUACUCAUGAACCACUAGUCAAAAUUCUUUAUUCCACUCAUAUCAGAAUUCUGGCAUUCUCUCCUUCUGUCAUUAUCUCUGUCAAAGUCUACAUAGAUGGAGUUCACCUGGGGAAUGCACAUCAGGUGUCUGGUCCUCUCUAUGUGCUGAAGUGGAAUCCACAAAACUACAGUGAAGGGUUCCAUCACAUAGAUGUGACUGUCCAGGAUGCAUCAGGAAGAACUGGCACACGGGGCCAUUUAUUUGGUAUGGAAGAAAACCUCUCUCUUAGAUUUGACUUCUGGUCAUCUGUUAUUCUUCUCACUGACCACUAUGUUCUAGCUCGAGUGCUCUUUGGACUGACUGUGCUGAUUCAGAUUACCUUGCUUGUUGUUUUCCGACACCUCCAAAAGCCAGCACUCAAAGAAAAGCCGGGAUUACUUACUCUGACUUCAUAUUCUCUUCAUGUCUUCAGUAAAACAAACACCUUCUAUUACUCAAUUCUGGUUCUGAAUUUAUACACCAUUCUGGGACCGUGGUUUGUAGGUGAACUGAUAGAUGGACAGAUGGGGGCCUGUUUUUCCUUUGGGGUGUUUGUUGGUGGUUCCUUCUUACAGGGCAGUAUGACGUUCGUGGUUGGGAUUCUACAGCUGAUGUUUUUCAACCUGCCAUUGACGGCCUAUCUGUGCUGGUGCCUGCUGCUGCGAUGCCAGGGCCACAGCUUCCGUUCCCACAUCCGUCAUGCCCGACGCCUCGUGGCUGUGCUUGUUCACGUGGCAAUGGCCCUGCUCCUGGCCUGGCAGGUCUAUUCCUGCUACUUCCUGCAGCGAACAUACGGCACCUUGGCGUUCUUCCUCUCCCCAAUGAGAACGUGGCUGGUGGUACUGACCGCAGCUCUCAUUUAUAAAACCUGGACACUGAAAUCAUCAGAGCUCAGAACUUACAUUAUAGAGAUAAAAAACUGUCAAAGCUCCUGAGUAUAAGUACUCCAAAGUCUGUCUUAAAAACUGUCAAGGUACAACCUUAUCAUUUUGUGAUGCUGGAAUUCCAUACACCCCAACCAUUAGGUGGUAAGACCCAAAGCUGCACCUGCACUGCUACAGAACUGUAUUAAAUAGUAAAUGUACAAUAUGUUAAACACUUUCCUUGUAUUAUACAACAUACUGUAUAAUACAUGUUAUAUAAUACAGUUAUGCGUUUUACAUCAAUACAGUCAACUGUGGAAUAAUAUCAUCAAUGAGGUUUUUUUAGUGAUACAGAGAUAAAUGUGUCCAUAUGGCUCACAAAUGGAAAUAUUUGCCUAUUACUACUGUGAAUGGAAAAAUACUUUUAAUUAAUUAUUGAUUUUUAUAAUGCUGCAAAAUACGAGCAUAGGACUUGAUGAGCUUCUGGAUUUGUGAUUCUUUGAUUUUUAUUUCAGGGUUGACAUGUGUUUUUACAAGACUAGACCAGAUGUCUUUAUGAAGUAAUAGUGAUUGCAAAGGCAUUGUAGUGGCCUUCAGUCAAACUGUGCAACUGUGCCCAUAUGUUUUCAGUUCAUAAUGCUGUAUACAAGCACAUUAUAGGCUGCAAAGUGUGUGUAUGUGUUUGUGUUCAUGUUUACCUGAGCUGUGGCCUAUAGAUCUUGCCCUGGGGGUGUUGGCUAACUAACCAGGCUCACUCUCUGGAAGGAAGGAGUUUCAUUUUCCACUACUGAGGCUGCCAGUCCUCCCACCCAUGACUGGUAAAAGGACAGUGACUUACCAGUGGUGCUGGGGUUUUCAGCUUCAGAGCAAAGAAUGGAGACAAUGUCCUCAGGAUGGGAGAGGCUGUAGGAAUAUUAUGGUAUGAUGCUAUAAAGUCUGUAAUUUCUGUUUUUCUGGGUCUCAGCUGUGUUUCUGGGUCUCAGCCAAAUGCACCAAAGAGUGACCUAAGAAAAAUCGUUUCUUUGUUUUCAUUUUUUAUUAAGUUCAAAAAUUUUAGAACAUUUAGUUACCAUAAUGAAGAAUGCAGUGAUCCAGAGUCAAGAAAGCUGAGGUGCCUUGAUCUGUAAAGAACACUGUGUUGCUUCACAAAAGACCAGCUGUGAGCAGAACAUCUAAAAUACUUUAGGUAAUUUUACAGUAACUUAUUUAUGGCUUCUCAAGGAAAAAGAGGGCUAAUUUAUCUAUGGUCCCUUUGGAAAAAAACAGCAGUGACUGUAGAAGAACACAGUAAAAUGAAUUGGAAGAAGAUAAUGACUACAACAAGGACUUUUGUUAUUUCUAACAGAUGACAGUUUUCCUAUUCCUUAAUUUCUGUUCUUCAGUGAUACAGGAAAAUAGUAAUGUAAUACUAAUAAUAACAUAAUGUCUUCAGUGUAAUAGGAAAGAGUACCCAUUUACAUGAGUUAAAUACACUGUUAAGAGAAUAAAGAAUGUAAUUUGUUGCUACACAAGUUUGUUUUGCAAAGCUGUUAGAAAAUCAGAGAUGGCACCAAAUUUAUUUGUGAGAUACAAUAUGGAAAAAUUGAUAAUAAAAUGACAUUUCACAAUUAAA